CGCGAUCACUGAUCAGCCCGUGGAUUUCGUAUCCGCUUCAUUACGAUUUAUGAGCUGAAGAAGCAGAGACCUCAGAUUCAAUUCUCCGCGCCGGCGCCGAUGCGUCUCCCACCGACUCCGAACUUGCGGUGGUUGUCUGAACUCUGAACUAUAAACUCAGAAGCGACGCAAAAAGGAAUCUGCUUAAUCGUCUGGUUGAACGUUAGCAGAAUUUCCUUUGAUUGCUUAACAAUGGACGCAAAAUCGCUGGCCAAAUCCAAACGAGCUCACUCGCUGCACAACAGCAAGAAGCCACAUCCGUCUCGUAAACCGAAACCCUCGCCCGGCGGAGGUGGCGGCGAUGGUGCAGCUGGAAGCAAAGCGCCGGGGAAACCGGUUAAGGAUAAAGAGCGAGCUACCUCAUCUGCGCUGCCAUCAAAUUGGGAUAGAUAUGACGAAGAUUUGGAUGUAGUUUCAGGGGAAAUGUCCACGGAGACCGCAAGCAAGGCUUCUGAUGUAGUUUUGCCCAAGAGCAAAGGUGCAGAUUAUCGUCAUCUGCUUGCUGAAGCUCAAUCUCAGCCCCAUUCAAGUGGUUACUUGGACAGCUCUUUUACUAUAGACGAUGUUUUGCCUGAUGAGUUUAAGCAGACGUUUGGAGUCAUGCUUUCAGCCAGGGGAGAGGGCAUUUUGUCAUGGAUUUUAGAUGAUAAUUUCAUUGUGGAUGAGGAGAGUGGAGCAACUGCUAGUCAGGAGGCAUCUUUUCUGUCAUUAAACUUUCAAGCUCUUGAGGAACAACUGGCGAGGGUUGAUAUCUCGAAGAGGCUUUUCAUUGAACCAGAUAUAUUACCAGCAGACUUGUGUGAUGAUGGAUCACAGGCAAGCCAUAAUCAGGGCUCCUCAACACAAAGGAGUGAAAGUGUAGUAAGCACAUCUAAGCCAGAGCAUGCAUCUCAUGGAGACGUAUCUAGGACGGUCGAGAUUGUGAAUCAAGAUGCUGACCUAUUACCUGAGGAAUCUACAGCCCAUGAAGGAUUUAGACCAAUAUUCAGUCAAGGAUCUCAAACAUCAUCUCCAUUCGAACGCGAACUGGCGGGUGAAACGUUCAAUCACCUUGUAUCUCUAGAGUCCCAAUCCAAGUUUAUUCACAAUUCCACCCCAGACUCUACAAAAAAACUUGACACAUUCGAGGCAGCAGCUGCGGAAGCAGAGCUGGACAAGCUUCUUGACUCAUUUGUUGACACCAAUCUUGACGAUCCUCCUUCUGCCCCCAUAUCAGGUACUUCUCUUCCUAUCUCAACUGAGGAGGCUGCAGUUUUGCCACGGGCAUCUAGGAGUGUGCCUUAUCAAUCGCAAAUGUCACCCAUUGAUGGAAAUAUAGACGACAUGCUUGAUAGUUUGCUUGCAGAAACAUCCACUGCCUUGCAGCAGACUACCCAUAGGAACCAGUUGCCUCCGGAUACUGGAUCUUCUUCCUCUCAAGCAAUCCCAAAGUCUACAGCUUUGGAUGAUUUCGGUUCUUGGUUAGAUACAAUUUGAUGAUGGGUUACCUUGUUUUUCUUCUAAGGUCACUGUUAUUUCUUAUUUGAAAAAUGUACUGACUCGAGUAAGAUUCACAUUACUGUCCAUAGUGAUCUAGCCUUAUAGCUUGUUGCUAAAAAAAAUAUUUGUUCUUGUUUUCAUUUUCGAUAUCCUACGCAAUUGAGUUGACAGGUGGAUUUGGUCGCAUAGUAUUUAGAUUCAGAUGAUAUAUGAUAGUGGUUGGUUGAUGGUGAUGUGAACUCUUGACAGAGAAUUCUGAAGAUAACGUUGAUCCAAAUGUGAAAUUGUACACCUUCAGCCAGCUGUGCUUUUUGAUUUCUGAACAUAUGGUGUUCAUAAAGCAAACAAAGAUAUUUCUCUCCACUCAAUAUAUAACCAUUGUAUUCAGUCAUCUCUUUGUUCAAUCACCAGAAGGUUAAUUUACAGCAGCAGCAGCCAGCAGACCCUAAUUUGGUGCUUCCCCAUUAGCAAAAGUCAACGUCAAUGGAGAAAGGGGAGGGAGAGAAUAGAGAAAUAAUCAAAGCCACAAGGCUCCAGCCUGUUUGAGAAUAGGAACCAAUUCGCCGGUGAUAUGAGUGGCCAUAACCCUGUCCAACCCUCCGAACAACUUCCCGCCAAUGAACACCGCCGGUAACUGAACCUCCUCCCCGGCCACCGUCUGCAGCUCCUUCAACACCCGCCGGGCCUCGUCCUCCUCGUUGUCGUCGACCUCGAACACCGGCGGGUUGACUCCCACGCACAGGAGCAGCCGCUUGAGGACGUGGGUCAUGCAGCAGCCCCGGCGGGCGAAGACGAUGAUGGCAUUCUCCGACACCACCUCCGCCGCGAGGACGUCGCUGUUGAGCAGCGGCUGCUUGGUCGUGGUGUAGUGGGGCAGCCACGUCUUGUAAGGAAUCGCCUCUUGCAUUUCUGAUCUUGUGGGUUUUUCUUUCGGGACGAAGAGAUUGAUGAGAUUUUUGAGUUUGGGAAAUGAGGGGAGGUUGGGUUUAUAACAGGGAGAGGGAGACUUAAAGAAGGUGGCGUCAGUCAACGGGCUUCGUGGCUAACGCGGAGCUUUGUUUAUUAAAAUUCUGAGGAGGCUAAUGGGGAAUUCUACGACCGAAUUUGGGUGUGUGGGAUGUGAGGAAUGACGAUACGAUUUUUAUAGCUAGCGAGCGGGCGUCGUUCUCUUGUCUGUGUAUGAUGGAAGUAUGUCAUGUGAUUACGUCAUGACUGAUAUAUAUUCUAUUUAUGUACAUGUUUAUUAUUAUUAUUAUUUAUUAUCAUUA